GUACGCAAAAGCUACAAAAAGUAAAGGUGUCUCGUUCAUUUAUACCAUAGCUGGUAGAAAUGUGCCCUGCACAGCUUUGGCUUUUAAGUUGGUGAAAGCAGCUGCGUGACCCACCAAAUACUAGAGGGUGGCCACGCUGUGGCGUUUCUAAUCCCUAAGGGAGGAGCAGAAGAUGUGACUGUGAGUGGCAAAACUACUCCAUUGGAAUGGACCGGAGAAAGUCAACGAGGAUCGCGCAUCACAACCGUCAAGGCGGUCCUGGUGUACUUGACUGUGCUUCAGUGUCGGUUCGGUUAUGCCAAGUGGCUCACGACUGCAGGGCAGGAGGUGGGACUCGCAGACGCUAUUCGGGAAGAACGCGAACCCAUGAAGAAAAUGUUUGAGUUUGUAGUAAGGAUAGCUCUGGGCGGUGGUCUCAAUGAAGAUUACGAAACGAGGAGACGAAGUUUCUAAUCUGGUCACUUGUAACUCUGUCGCGGACGUAGUCGGGGGCGCAUGUUAUUCGCUCUGGGAUCUUCGGGGAGGGGGUUUUCGCGUUGUCUUUCGGUUUCCGCAGUGUGGCGCCGGCGCCCCGUUUAUCCGGGGCAAGAAACUCGGACACGGCUGCCGCAAGGGUUGGGCUUGACCGCGGUCGGCGCAGGUUUAGAGACGUCUCGAAAGCGCUGGUCGUGUGUUGGGAUCCUCGCUCCCCUCUUGCGGGGGGCGAGAAUCGGGGCGCGGGUCCUCCUCCGCGCUGCAUGUUGGGCAUGAACACGGCAGCCGCCGUCGGCCGCUCCGGCGAAUUGCUUAAGGCCUGGGUCGGGUCUUACUCUUGUCGUCCUCCACUAGCCGCGCUUAUAGCGUUGGGCCCAGCUCGCUUUCCGCCGUCGUUGGCGCGGCGUGUGGUCUUCGUGAUGGCCCACGGCGGCUCAGGCGAUAUGUAUGCUCCAGACUCGCUCGGGGGACCCAAGUUCAAGACUUGGCGGCGGUGCUGGGCCCUCGACUCCUCGGGCGAGGUUCCCAGACUGUCGCCCCGACUCUGGAACCCUCGCCCCCCUCUUGCGGGGGGCGAGAAUCCCAGCACGCCGGAAGGCCUGCGCCGUUUUUUGCGCACAAUCCGCAAGAAAAUGCACCUAGAACAGCUGUCGACACCCCGGCGCGUGCUGGGAUUCUCGCUCCCCUCUUGCGGGGGACGAGAGUCCCAGAUCCCCGGCGACGGCUUGGGGGCUCUCGCCUGAGAGGUCGAAGUCGUGGCGCCAGCCAUAGUCCCGCGCGCGCCUAAAGUUCAGCGGCUCCCCUUGUCUGAAAUCCCCGCCACCGGCGAACUGGGAGCGAGAACGAACCAGCGACAGCACGGAGGCCAUAGCUUGAAAAACGCCACCGGCGAGGCACUCACUGGUACGUAGCGGGCAAAACCGGCGUGAUUGGAUUGCCGCGAGAGCCCCGUCCUUGGGGCAUGUCGUCAGCCCAUGACACUCCUGGGGUUAGGCCGCCUUGAGGCUUGGGGUGCGCCGGGUAACGCCUCGCGGCGGCUGCACCCAUUCCGCCGGCACUGCUCGGGGCGGCUUGCGUCUUGAGUAGAAGUCUGUCUGCGUUUUUCCGUUGUGUGGUCGGUACGGGCCGCCCUGACUGACGGCGAGGCCCUGGCCCCCCCUCUCGCCACCGCCGCGUCUCUUGCUUGUGCGUAUUCGCUUUGGCGCGUGUCAGUUUUGGCCGCUCUGUCUGUGUAGGGUGUCGUCGGUUCGUCUGGUUUUGGUCGUGUCGUGUUGGUGGUGUCUGUUCGUUGCAAGUGAUCAGCAGGCUUCGACGGGUAUCUCUGUUAGUUUGUAUCAAAAGGUCUCACACUUAUGAACCCAAGCAAUACACCAAGCGAACAGCUGCCCUCAAUCUUAUUGGCGCUGCCGUUCUUCCUAAAUUUCGGCCCCUUCGCUCGUAGCUCCAGAACUCGAUCCAUAUUUUCGCCCCUAGAUUCUAAGCCCUUGCUCCUAGAUUCUGAAUCCCUUUCGUAUUCCAUCGGAAGGCCCCCCACUCUUUUCGCGGUCGUUUCAGCCUUUUCAUGCCUCAGCGCGUGGCGGUCGCGGGUUGAAAUUGAAAACCGGGGGCCACACUCUGCAGACGCGCGCGAAGAGUGUGGCGGCCUUGUCUUUAUCUAUGUACUGCGGCGGGUGUUGCGUGCCAUGCACUGGAGGCGGCAGCGGCUGCGCGAGGUGUGAGGCUGUCCGGCGACGUCGGUCGGAAUGAUCCAAAAGCCUGACAGCUGGCGACGCUGCCAGAGGGUCAGCCCCGUGACAUUCUGAACAAGCAGACGGCGCCCCCCUGCGCCGUGUGCAGAAAGAGGAGCCUCUACCUUCCACUAGUCACCCACGGGCCUCAGCUGGGCGGGGGCUUUUCACUGAAGGACGAGAGCAGCACCACAGCGCGGCCGCGUGUGAAGUUAAUGCUUUGGACUGGGCAAGGGUCUCCCCCGUGAGGUGGGGCAGAGGGGUAGGCGUAGCAGGCAUCUCCGCAAGGGGCUGCGUUUGUUGUUGAUGUUUCUACCUCUUGGCCUGCCAGGUCGAAGCACCGGAGGAGGUGGCGUGGCGUUUUCCGCACCUCCGGGCGCUCUGCCUGGGGGGAUGAGAUCUGUAGCCCGCUAGAACAUGGCCCGCCUAGUGUCCUUUCAUUCUCCUCGACUUCUGAAGGCAGGACGGGGGGGCCCAUCGGUGGAACCUAAAAAAGACGAAGAGGGGGAAGCGCUGGCGGGCAGCUCUUUCGUGAGGAGAGUGCACCAGAGGCGGCGCGCUGUGUUGGCCGUCGUGAUUUUCAUGAAUGUCGAGGAGUAUGGAAAAGGCCCGGGGUAGCUUGGAGCGUUGGGCCUUUCAUUUUCGUAGAGUCUGGCCGGCCGUGUCUGUGGCGCCGUGACGGGCUUGCGCAGUAGUUUGAGCGGCCAGAGCUGUCGCUGUGUCUCUUGAUUAGGCCGCGCGGGCUGUCUUGCUUUUUUGUUGCGUGCAAUAUAGUGGCGGCGCUCAACUUAUCGCGGAGGCGAACGCCAUCGCUCUCGUUUUUUUUUGAUUCACGCGGAGGGCGUGCCGCUUGCGGCUGAUGCUAGGCUGUUGCUUUUUUUGUGGUUUUUCUGGUGUUUUCUCGGUGUUUCUGCAGUCGGUUGCUUUUCUCAUAGCGAGGGAGCUGGCUGGAAUCGGCGCGGUGGCUUGUGUGUGGUGGCCUUGCUUGCUUCGGGUGAUUUGGUUAAAGGUCUACUUUUUCGUGGGGCGUAGCGGGAUUUGCGGACAGGGCUCUGGGGUGAUCGGUGGGGGCUUAGUCGGAGCGGCAGCCAGGGGCGACGUAGGGGCGCGCCAUCUCGGAGGACUGGACCGGGAUGCUGAUCAGGGUGCUACUUCAGGCAAUGCUGGCCGAUAGUGCUAGGCUUGUGCUAUCGGGGUGCUACUUGGGGCAGUGCUCUACGGACAUGCUAAACCCAUGCCAUCGGGGUGCGGUCUCAAAUCGUGCCACCUGGAAAGUGCUAGACUCGUGCUAGCGGGGUGCUUUUCCCAGUCGUGCUAUUUGAAAGCGCUGAACCUUCGCCAAGUCGGUGCCAGAUGUGGGGCGAUAAGUCGGGCGCCGAGUUUUGUGACCAGGCGCGUGGCUUUGCACGCAGGAAAUUGGUGCUAACUCGAGGGGGGGCCCAGACCUCGCACGAAAACGCCUAGGAGCCGCAUGGUUCGCGUCUGGAAGUUUGUCAGGAAUCCAGGCGGGCUCCAGCGAGUGAGGGAGGCUGUCGGCGGUGGGUUUGCUGGUUGGUUCGGCGCGGGGCUGUGUCCCGUUAAUCGUCGCGGUGACCACGGGGGAAACAGGGAGGCCCGCUGAAGUCUUUUACAGUGUCGAAGGUGGUGGCUGCGGCUUCUUGUUCGGUCGGCUGAUCGGUCGCGCCGCUUGAUCGAUAUGGCCGCCACCCGUACACGGCCGGGCAGUUCUUCUGGCUAAAAUCUGGCUAAAAAAUUUCUAAUUCUCGGGGUGUCUGCUCGUUCGGCUUGUGUGGUCGUGGUGUUUGGGGUCACUCCUUUUUUUGUGUUGUUGUGCGGGUCGGGGUGCCGUGGGGUGGAGGAUGGUGGGGGUCUUAGGUGAGACAGGUCGCAGCGGCCUCGGUUACUGCUUGUUCUUUUGCAGGGGGUUGCGUUGUUUCUGUUGAUAUGGUGGAAGGGGGGCCAGGUUUUUUGGGGAGUGGGGAGUCUUGUCGGGGCCCCCUAUGUCCUCGCGCUCGGCGUGAUCGGUGGCGCGUCGCUCGUUUCGAGGUUCUGCCCACGUUUCGCAGUCGUCGCUGUUGGCGCCUCGUGGUCGUUGUUUUUUCGGGGUUGGGGAAGGUGUGUGGCCAAGGGGGGACGGGUGUUGAUAUGUCGCGGGGCAUUGCUGGCGAGGAUGGUUGGGCGCGUCGGUCUUCGGGUUGUGGCAGCCUGUGCUCUUGGUGUUGCGUGCGUCGUCGCUAGUCUGGGGCUGCGUGUUGGGUGGGUCCCUUGUUGUGUUUUCGUGUCUUCGCAGGGGGGGUGGGGGGAUGUCGUUUGGCGGGGCGUUCUGUCGUUUGCUCUUCCUCGUCAGGCGCGUUCUCGGGUCUCGGUUCAAAAAUUCCAACUUUUUUCUAGUUUUUUUCUAAUAUUUAGGGCUAACGUGUAGUCCUAAUUUUAGGGGUCUAUGUCGUUCUAAUUUCGGGGUUAGGGAGGGGGGGAGAGGGCUUAAAAAUUUUUCUAAUAUCGGGCUCUAAUUUAUUUUGCGGGGCUUUUUGAGGGGUGUUCUUGGGUGUCUAAAAUUGUUCUAAUCGAUAUUCUCGCUUGAAUUCUACUUCCUCGAGGGUGCAAAAAAAAAAAACUUGGCACCCCCCUGGUGCGGGGGGGUCAGGUUGUUUCUUUUUUUGCGCCCCCGAAAAUUAGCGCUCAAGUUAGAAUAUCGAUUAGAACAAUUUUUAGAAGGCUCUGGAAAAUAUUAGAACCCGGGUUAGCCUAUGAAAUUAGAGUAAUUUUUUGAGCGAUUUGGAGUGUGCACAGGUCCCGCCCGGGCCUGGUGUAGUUGCCGGACUCGGUGAGUGGCUCGCGAGGUUGGGGAAUGGGUUGGGGUCGGCUCGCGGAACAGGGCCACUCCAGGGUCCGUUGGCGAGGGGACGCCUUUUCGGAAAUUGCCCCGAGAUUUUCGCUAUAAAGUGAUUAGAUUUAGCAGCCGAGCCCCCCGAUCAAGAUGGGCCGCUUCUUGUUCGAGCGGGUUUGCGUGACACCUACAAACCAGCGCGAAACCUGGCAGCGGGUGCGCGGCUUUGCGUGUCCCCUACAGACUGACAAAACCAGCAAAGUUGCGCGUCGCUCCACCCUCUAGAAAUUGCCGCUUUUUGGUGGCAUUUUUGGGCGCUAUAUUUUCCGCUAUAUUUUGUGCUAUAUUUUGCCAAUAUUUUGCCGAAAAAAUCAGCCGUUUGCUCCUGGCGGGCGUCUUUUUUGGGCAAAAUAUACGGGCAAAAUAUAGCAGCCGAAAUUUCUCGAACUUUGGAGAUUUUGGAAGCCUUCCGAAAAUGUCCCCAGAGAGGUCAAACCACGCAGCCGCCCCGCGCUCCCAGCCAUCCCCUGGGGGGGAGCUGCGGGCGCCUGCUGUCGUUUCAGUUCUCCGCAUUAGGUGGGAAAACGCUCCAGCUACCUGGUGCGAUUUUCUGCCUGGGAGUUCAAAGCCGGCAAAAUCUAUCCAUUUUAUAGUGAAAAUAUUGGGGCCCAUCACGAAAAGCCAACCCCUCGCCACAGGGUCGCUGGGUUGCCGCGAUCGGCCUCCCCGGAGACAGAGCGGCUGGGGAAUGGGUUGGGGUCGGCUCGCGGAACAGGGCCACUCCAGGGUCGUUGGGUUGCCGCGAUCGGCCUCCCCGGAGACAGAGCGGCUGGGGAAUGGGUUGGGGUCGGCUCGCGGAACAGGGCCACUCCAGGGUCGUUGGGUUGCCGCGAUCGGCCUCCCCGGAGACAGAGCGGCUGGGGAAUGGGUUGGGGUCGGCUCGCGGAACAGGGCCACUCCAGGGUCGUUGGGUUGCCGCGAUCGGCCUCCCCGGAGACAGAGCGGCUGGGGAAUGGGUUGGGGUCGGCUCGCGGAACAGGGCCACUCCAGGGCCGUUGGGUUGCCGCGAUCGGCCUCCCCGGAGACAGAGCGCGGCGCUGGCAGUGGUGUGCGUCUUUCGGGCAACCGCCUUGGGUUGGGGGUAGGUUAUUCCCAGCCCCCUCUGGGGGUCUUUUGGCGGGGUUUGCGUCGGGGGUCUUGCUGCGGUUGGUGUGGUCGCGGCGGUUGGUCCCACCGCGGCCCCCGCGCCCGGUUUUCGUGGUGGGUGUUAGGAUUUGCGGAAACGUUCGGCCGUCGGGUUAGGUCUCCUGCCUUGGUGGUGCUUGCAGGGUGGUCUGGUGUUGCCCGUGGGGUGUCGGCUCUGUCUCUGGAUCAUUGUAGGAAGGUACGGGGAAGCUGGUGGGCCUUGUGGUGGAUGUGGUGCGCGAGUCUCCACGAAUUUCCAGCCGCCUGGCCUCGGGUUGUCUUUCUGUUAGUGUCGUGCUCGCGUGUGUGUCGUCGGUCUUCAGCUUGUGCCGCGCAAUCGGGGGCGGCCGUCGUUCGUCCGUGUGGUCGGUGUCUGGUGUGGUGGCUGCUUGCGGGGUUUCUGCCGCAUUGGUUUCGCCGUCGCGUCGCUUGUCUUGUUUUAUAUAAGAAGAAGCCUGGGCCUUUUCGCUUCGGUGGCCUUGAAAAUUAGAAAAAUUUUAGCAGGCUUUUAGCGGCUUAGGUUGGCCGGCGUGGUCUGGCUGGUGGCCGGCUGCGUACCCCGGUCGCAUACGUCGGUGGCCAAAAAAUUUCGCGCGAAAAUCCUUCGGGAAUCCGCGAGGGGUGCCCGUGGCGAGCUGCUCUACCCAAGAGACCAGCCGGCUGCGCUGUGUCUGUCCCCUUGCUGAGGUGGGUCGCCUUGCCUGGAAAUGCUUGAGGACCUCAGGCGGCCCCCCUCGCUGACGACCCCCCCAAACACUCCACCCAGCAAAAAGACGAGAACGCCCCCGCGCAUUCGAGUGGCAUUCUGUCACUUGUAGGCCCUCCAGGUUCUCGGUUUUCGGACGAACCUGCCAGAUUGGCUCACGGGGCAAGUGCUUGCACUCCGCUCCGGGGGGUCUCCGGUUCGAAUCUUGGAGGGAACUCGACGGGCAGGGAGGCGGCCUCCAGGCUGGUUGCCGCCCCACACCCAGGGGAGAGACAAACGGGGACCGCGCUGGGCCAGACAGUGCGGGGAGAUGAGACCCAAGGGGAGCCCUGUGAGCAGCUGACGGCACCGCACCCACGCGGUCCCUCGUGUGGCUCACAACCCUGGCCACAACUGGACGGCGCCAGCUCAUCUGAUGAGCAGCGCGGGCUGGGUGAUGUUAGAGCCCCCCCAGCGGUUGCGUUUCACGUUUUAACUCUUACCUUAACUCGGACUAAACUCCUGGCACAUGCUCGGGCUCGUUUCUGCUGUUAAGGGGGUCAGCUUUUAAGCCUAAAAACAACCAGCCUGGUCGGAUUUUUUGGCGCCUGAAAACGCAGAAAAAAAGAAGGCGCCUCGGGGUCUUUGUUUCCCUUUUAUGCAACCGGCGGCACAUGGCUGAAAACCUAAAAAGUCUGGGCAUACUCUUCCAAAUGAAACACGGCGAAGCCCAAGCGACGCCACUUCAGUGGCCCGCUGCUUGCCCUUAGGUCUAGCCUUCGCCUUUUUUCUUCUUUUUGCUCGCUGCGCUUUCGCCACUGGGCUCAUGCUGGUGGCAAGGCCCUCCUCUUGCUCGGCGGUCUCUCUUUUUUCUACGCUGAACCGCUUCGAAGCAGAAAACGCCGCCGGAAGUGUUGGGCUUUUUCUUUAAAAACGGCACAGGGGAGGCCGGGGUGGUUUUUUAUUGGUUCCCGCUGGUUGGUGGCAGGCUCGUGGUUGGAGUAGGUUGGGAAGGAGUUCAGGCUGGCUCUCGGGCUUGUGUCUGGCGUAUGUGCGGGACAGGGGUCCUGAAGGCGUUGGGGAGGGUGGCCCGGCUUUGUUUGGCUUGCUUGCUCUUGCUCGAGUCGCUCUCGGGGUUUGCUGCUGCGUUGGGCCUUGUGUGUUGCUCUGGGGCCGGCUCGAUCGUCUUCGUGAGUGUUUGCCCCCACUUUCGACGGAGUGCGCCUGCGUAGGUUGCUGCGGGUGUCGGGUUUCUUUGGGAAAGUUUUCAAGAUAUAAAACCUGCCCAAAAAUGUUGGCUCUUUCUGUCUGUGGGUUCCUUGUGCGAAGCCCCAUAAUUAUUUGUGUACGAGCUUUCGCAGCUCGCUGUAAGGAGAAGACGCGUAGUCUUCACUAAAGACGAGAUCUUGUUAGUAGUGGGCUAGUCUUUGUUUUGUUUCCAUUUGUUACAACCCUCUCACUAUCGGAAUUCGCAGCCGCUGGCAGCGUAGGCUGAUAAAGGGAGCAGUUUGUAAUGGAGUUGGCCUGUUGGUGUGCAGCCCCUGUGCGGUACAGCGGCAAGCUGCUCCUACACGGGAACGAUGCAUACCGUUGUUAGAAGACUUGGAUGAUAAAUGGAACGCGAGUACACCGCGCCAGCCCUCGGUAGCUUCAGCACACGUACAGACAGCUGUUGAAAACAAUAUACGAAAGACUAAAGGCAGCAACCCUCAUCGCAUGCAGACAGGUCCUGUUACUCAGACCUAG